UGUGGCAGACACGGACAGACGAAGGGAGUUAGUUAUUGCGUCUCCAGUAAGGACCGUUACUUCACCGCUGUUCUUGUUGCUCUUGAUUAUCUGAACUCGGACGAAACGUUACACAGAGUGAACAUGAUAUUAUUUUCUCAUCAGCUUUUCAUCCUCCUAUGGAUUGUUGUCACAGUGGUAUCUUUUUCUGUAGGGGUAGAGUCCAACAACACGGCUCCUGGCACACAUGACAGUCCUGGGCUCACAGAUACAUCCAUGACCUCAGGAGAUAGAUCCACCACCCUCUUAUCCACAAAUACCACAGUCUCCACUGAACCCAGCUCCACCACCACAGACAGAGCCAUCAUCACCACCCAGGACCCCUCAACUGUCCUCCCUAGCACUAAUGACACCUCACCCACAACAGCAGCCAUCUCUAAAACUGAAGAGUCUAAGAGUGCAGUCGUCACCACUGCGACAGAAACAAGAACUACCUCGUCGGUCAGCACAGCAAGGUUGACUUCCUCCCACAAGACCGCAGCGAACACUGUCACUUCCCCUGAGUCGACCGAAAAAGACAGUCCGUCUACAGACAGUGACAUGACAACACCCACCACCACCAUGGAACAUACAGGCCGUACCUCAGCUGAUGUCCCCACAGAGUCAAACACAACUCCAGACAUUAUCCCAACCAGCAGUACCACUGAUACAGGUACACAUGAAACAACAGCUACCAACACAGCUACCACAGAUACAGGUACCACAGAUACAGGUACACAUGAAACAACAGCUAUCAACACAGAUACCACAGAUACAGGUACCACAGAGACAGGUACACAUGAAACAACAGCUAUCAACACAGAUACCACAGAUACAGGUACACAUGAAACAACAGCUAUCAAUACAGAUACCACAGAUACCACAGAGACAGGCACACAUGAAACAACAGCUACCAACACAGCUACCACAGAUACAGGUACACAUGAAACAACAGCUACCAACACAGCUACCACAGAUACAGGUACCACAGAUACAGGUACACAUGAAACAACAGCUAUCAACACAGAUACCACAGAUACCACAGAGACAGGCACACAUGAAACAACAGCUAUCAACACAGCUACCACAGAUACAGGUACACAUGAAACAACAGCUAUCGACACAGCUACCACAGAUACAGGUACACAUGAAACAACAGUUAACGACACAGCUACCACAGAUACAGGUACACAUGAAACAACAGCUAUCAACACAGCUACCACAGAUACAGGUACACAUGAAACAACAGAUAUCAACACAGCUACCACAGAUACAGGUACCACAGAUACAGGUACACAUGAAACAACAGCUAUCGACACAGCUACCACAGAUACAGGUACACAUGAAACAACAGCUAUCAACACAGCUACCACAGAUACAGGUACCACAGAUACAGGUACACAUGAAACAACAGCUAUCGACACAGCUACCACAGAUACAGGUACACAUGAAACAACAGCUAUCAACACAGCUACCACAGAUACAGGUACACAUGAAACAACAGCUAUCGACACAGCUACCACAGAUACAGGUACCACAGAUACAGGUACACAUGAAACAACAGAUAUCAACACAGCUACCACAGAUACAGGUACACAUGAAACAACAGUUAUCAACACAGCUACCACAGAUACAGGUACCACAGAUACAGGUACACAUGAAACAACAGAUAUCAACACAGCUACCACAGAUACAGGUACACAUGAAACAACAGCUAUCGACACAGCUACCACAGAUACAGGUACACAUGAAACAACAGUUAACGACACAGCUACCACAGAUACAGGUACACAUGAAACAACAGCUAUCAACACAGCUACCACAGAUACAGGUACACAUGAAACAACAGAUAUCAACACAGCUACCACAGAUACAGGUACCACAGAUACAGGUACACAUGAAACAACAGCUAUCGACACAGCUACCACAGAUACAGGUACACAUGAAACAACAGCUAUCGACACAGCUACCACAGAUACAGGUACACAUGAAACAACAGAUAUCAACACAGCUACCACAGAUACAGGUACACAUGAAACAACAGUUAUCAACACAGCUACCACAGAUACAGGUACCACAGAUACAGGUACACAUGAAACAACAGAUAUCAACACAGCUACCACAGAUACAGGUACACAUGAAACAACAGCUAUCGACACAGCUACCACAGAUACAGGUACACAUGAAACAACAGCUAUCAACACAGCUACCACAGAUACAGGUACACAUGAAACAACAGCUACCACAGAUACAGGCACACAUGAAACAACAGCUAUCAACACAGCUACCACAGAUACAGGUACACAUGAAACAACAGCUAUCAACACAGCUACCACAGAUACAGGCACACAUGAAACAACAGUUAUCAAUACAGCUACCACAGAGACAGGCACACAUGAAACAACAUCUAUCAACACAGCUACCACAGAUACAGGUACCACAGAGACAGGCACACAUGAAACAACAGCUAUCAACACAGCUACCACAGAUACAGGUACACAUGAAACAACAGUUAUCAACACAGCUACCACAGAUACAGGUACACAUGAAACAACAGUUAUCAACACAGCUACUACAGAUACAGGUACACAUGAAACAACAGUUAUCAACACAGCUACCACAGAUACAGGUACACAUGAAACAACAGCUAUCAACACAGCUACCACAGAUACAGGUACCACAGAGACAGGCACACAUGAAACAACAGCUAUCAACACAGCUACCACAGAUACAGGCACACAUGAAACAACAGCUAUCAGCACAGCUACCACAGAUACAGGUACACAUGAAACAAAAGUUAUCAACACAGCUACCACAGAUAUUGGUACACAUGAAACAACAGUUAUCAACACAGCUACCACAGAGACAGGCACACAUGAAACAACAGUUAUCAACACAGCUACCACAGAUACAGGUACCACAGAGACAGGCACACAUGAAACAACAGCUAUCAACACAGCUACCACAGAUACAGGCACACAUGAAACAACAGCUAUCAGCACAGCUACCACAUAUACAGGUACCAAAGACAGUGAGACCACAGGUUCAAGGAUCACAAAGUCCACCAUCCCACCAACUGGUCAGACCUCUCUCCCAGUAACUGAGGGUAGUACCCUGUCUUCAACACCCCUCUCCGCCACUACAAGGGGUCCUGAGACCGCUCUCCCAGUGACCGAUGGCCUCACGUCCUCAUCCCCCACCGAUACCAUUACAGGGAGCCCUCAUACAGACAAAACCACUGGAACCGAGGGGACUACCGAUUCUACAACCACAGCUGGCACUCCAGCUUUGCCCCCCACCUCCGGCUCUUCCUCCAGCCCACCCUCUCCAGGCUCAACCCAAACCCCAGGCAGCAGCACUGCUGCCCCCGUAGACACCUCCACCACCAACCCUGCCCCCUCACCCACCAUCUCACCUACAGGAGAAACCCCUGGGCAACCGACUAGCAAAACUAGUGAGAGCCCACUUCCUCCUUUCCACACCUCGACCUCCCCUACCGGUGGAAGCACCACCCAGCCAGUGUCAGCCAUCACUGCUGCCACCUCCCUGCCUCCACCCAUCUCCAUAAUGUGUCCCUCCUCUCCCUGUCCGUAUGAUAGCAUCUGUCUCAACGGCACCUGCCAGUGUAUGUCUGGGACCUUCCUCUUAAAGGGCCGCUGUGUACAAGCCCAAGUCUUCUCUGGAGACCUGCAUCUCAACCAGACAUUUCAGGCUGAAAUGAGCAACCGGUCAUCAGAGAUAUUUCAGCAAACAGCAGCCAGGAUCUCAGAGGCACUGAGAAGAGCCUUGGAAAACGAGUCUGGAUACAGUCAAACUGAUGUGGUGCUGCUUCGGCGAGGCAGUGUGAUCGCGACCGUGAACAACGUGUUUAAACUAGGCUCCAGUGCCACCCGGACUUCGACCAAUGCCGCUAUAGAGAAAGCCAUACAAGCCUGUGGGACGACCUGUGUGACCAUACUGCAGAGAGCUACAUUUAACGCCACUGACCUAUGUGAUCAGACCCCCCAACCAUGUGAUGUCCGCUCUACCACGUGCGAGUACAAAGAAGAUGGAGUGACCAGAUGCUCCUGUAAGGCUGGCUACAUCAACAGCUUCUACUCAAACCAAAGCUGCACAGCCUGUCCCAGUGGUCAAAGGUCAGAGGGAGACACAUGUGUGCCAUGCACAUUUGGCUACGCUGGAUUCAACUGCACUGACUCGGCUCUGUUGGCAGUGGUGGUCAUCGCCUGUGUACUGGGGGGAGUCCUCCUCAUCAUGCUGCUGGGCCUGCUUGCAUACUGCUGCUGGUACCGGUCGCAGUCGGUGAAGAAGCCUUCAGCAGAGUUCAGCAGCCCGUACCCUGUGGAGGACUUCCGUGGCCCCUGGUCCACCUCCCAGGGCAUCACCCCAAUCCCCCGGGCCAGCACCAACUGGGCUUCAUCCCCCAUGGAGAUGACCGAGGGGGGCAGCACACACACCCUGGUCGACAUGAAGCCCCACACCAACGGAGCGGGAUUCCACAUCCUGCCUAAACGGGGGAAGAAGACCGGGUCGUAUGACCUGACCUCAGACAGCAUGAACACGUUCAAGGGGAAGAACCCGUCUCGCUACUCCUACCUGGUGCAGGGCCACGAGAACCCUUACUUUAAACCUGCAGAUGAGAGGAGACCCGUAUGAGAACCCUUACUUCAAACCUGCAGAUGACAGGAGACCCAUAUGAUAACCCUUACUUCAAACCUGCAGAUGAGAGGAGACCCGCAUGAGAACCCUUACUUCAAACCUGCAGAUGACAGGAGGGG